CUGCACAAUGUCAUAGUCCGCAGAGUGCAAAUAGUUGUAAUCUAGAGGCGCAUAUAAGUAGGCCAGCGAGAGUAAUGAAAACCGAGCGUGUAUGAACACAAAGCCAAUGCGUUCGCAGUAAACACAGAUUUAUUUUCCCAUUGACAAUAUAAUAACUCGACUGCGUGCCCCCGCGUGCACAAGAUCCCGUGCGAACUGAUCCAGUGAGAGUCUCACUUGACUUUGGUUGUCAGAGGUGAGCACGCUGAGGGUCAACAUGCCUAUUUUGCGUGUCCCACCGACUGCUCGUUUCCAGUCGGCGAGUGCUGCUCUCAGGGUUAAGAUCUGCCCGUUCGCGGCUCACCAGCCAUGGCCCGCUGCUGCCGGCUACCUUUCGUAAAGAUUUUGGAGAUUGCGUUCACCAUGUCGUGCCUCACAUUGCAUGUAAUGAGCUUAAAGCCUGCCGACGUGGACCAUUUUUGGCUCUUGUCCGUCACGUUUGUUGGAAUGAUGAUUGUGGAAUUUGGAGGGGCAUUCGCUGAAUGCAUAAAAACGCCUCUACCGAGUCAUGUUGACGUUUUGUACAGUGUGGUAGGUUCCUGCCUCUUUUUGGCAUCUGGCGUUGCUUGCCUGCGGUUCUGGGACGAUGAGCCAAGAGAACUCAUUAUCGUGCGCUAUGGAAUGUGGAAGGGUGUCCUCUCAUGCGUGACCAGUGUCCUUUUUGUGAUUGAUGCUUUUCGAGCGUUGAAUGGCAGCGAGAUUUGCGCCGGCCAGCCAUACCUCCACUGACUAAAAGCAGAGCGUACUUCAUAGUCAGUAUAAUUAUAUAAUAGUGUAUUAACGCACGAAUUUGCCAUUGAAAACUGUAAAAGAAUCUCAAUUUUGUGUUAGUUUAAUUUAUGCUUGUUUUAAUGAUAGUGAUAUGAAUGAACAUUAUGGCAGUGCAGACUCACCAUUUUCGGCCAACUCACACUUCUCGCUAGGAUAGGGAUUAACAUUGAAUCUUCCCAUCAGAGUGAGAAGUGUGAGUCCCCUAUAUAUAUUAAAAUUAAAAUAAUGUUGAGAAUUCACACGAACUGAAAUAAAAUAAUGCAACACCACA